CUUCACGAAUCUGGAAAGGAAGACGACAACGGCAAUGAAAAGGACAAAGCGGUGGAAGAAGAUGAAGCCAAGCAUCGCGUGCGCUCCGAUCCUGAACGCCAUUCUCCCCCUCCUCCUUCCUCUUCUUCUGGUCCACAACGAGGAGCCAGAGCGAACGCCGCGCGAUGGCGAGGCGAGAUGUCUGGGAGAAGCUUCCGCUGUCGGUACUGGAUCCCUCGCCGCCACGAAGAAGGUCCUCCUAUCUACGUCUACCUGAGCAGAUCAUCCGCCUCUCCGUCCUUAAACUGGACGGCUCCUCCUUCAAUGUGGAGGUCGCGAGGGCAGCGACAGUGGUGGAUCUGAAGAUGAAUAUCGAGCACAUCUUCGAUAAGCUCGCAGAGGAAGGGGGUUGCAUUAUUUCUUGGUCUCAUGUUUGGGGCCACUUCUGCUUAUGCUAUCAUGAGUAUAAGUUAAUCGACGAUGGAACUCGACUACUAACCCUGGGAAUCAAAGAUGGUGAUCAGCUUCAUUUUGCAAGACACACCUCGCCCAACCAAAAUCAUCUAAGAAAGACAGACACGGCUUUGUUUUUUCUUCGAAGGUCAUUCACAUGGCAGCAUAUUGUAAAAGAAGUCGACAAUGAUGCUCGUAGUUGCCAAGAACAAGAAGGAUGUAUUGCAUCACACAAGAACUCCAAGCUGGGCCAUCUCUUUCAAGGAUGGAAUGAUGGAUUAGGGAGCUCUUGUAAGACAAAAUCAAGAGGUGUUAGUACAAAAAUGGUCAGACGUCGCAAAAGGAUUUCUUGGGCGAUAUGCUACUAAUGUGUUAUUAUUAUGCUUAUGUAAGAUGGACCAAAAUAAUUUAAAUGUGUUUAAAAAAUUAAUACUGAAAAUUUUGAAUUUAAAA